GUCCGACAGUUAAGUGUCCUCUCACAUCAUUUCUUCUUAGCAAGGCAACAAACACUACAUUUCAGAAUGCUGAACAAAAGAAGACCAUGUCUUUUCAAUCCUAUGAGUCGAUGUCCUUUCUGCUUCUAAUCGUGCAUAACCGGUGAGGAAAUUGCGCCCCGCCAUUGGCUCCAACGUCUCUCUCUCUCCAACGAAAAAAGAGGCCCGUCAGCAAACUUCAUGCCCUGCGCGCUGCCAGCGAAGCAUUCAGUUACACGAAACGCUACCUUUUGAACAGUCAUCUCGUCAUCUGGCCAACUCGGAUUCGCUCGUCUACCUACUGACUUCCGUACCCCCCACGUGCCAGGCAUGAUGGGAGUCUUCGCCCUCUCAGUCUCGCUUUAUUAGUCACCUGCACGGCCUGGGCGAAUGAUAUGUCAAAAGACGGCAGCAACUCCGAAGAACCGUCAAGAUGCAGAUGGCGAUUCGCGAUCGUCAACUCGUCAGUUACAUUACCGCCACCGAAGACGUUGCGCAGGGCCUCCGCCUCUUUCGCAACCAGCUACCGCGUCUGGCUACUUCUAUUACCAGGAGCAUCAGCAGGCUCUUCGCUUUGAGCGCCGUCCUACGCGAAAUUGAUAUUGUCGAGCGCGAUGAGCCUUUGCCCCUCCCUGUCCAGGAUGAUCUCGAUCUACUCCUUCCGAGUCUUCGGCGCACCCUGGACUCGGCCCUCGACAUGGUCGUGGAAUCCCGCGAUCGGCCUUACGCGGUGGUUUGGGGUGAGAUGGAUCGUCAGAUGGAGAGCGAAGAGGACAUGGGGCUGCCCGAGCGGCUGGACCUAUACCAUGCGUUUCUUUCCCUGCAGGCUGAUGUCCUGCAUGGACGAAGACAUCCGUUGAAUGCGGGGGUGUUAAGGGAAGAUCUGUUUUUGCUGUGGGAUGCCCAAAAGGUGUCUGUCCUGCGCGAAGAAAGGAGGUUGAUUGGCAGUUCAGCAGCACUCCCACUCCGACCAGGCCCGAGCCGAUCACGUUCCGAUCGACUUGACCUCGUCGUACCAAGCUCACCAGUUUCUUCUUCCGAAAGCUGGAGCGACUACACUCGCCGCCCGCGCCUGCCCCGUCUUCCUACAGCUCCCGACCCUCCUCCCACCAUGCCUAGCUCUCCAACACGCACAUCCACCUCUUCUCGCACUGUCCAAUCCACCCCGACAUGGAACUCAAGCAACACCGUGGUUUCCUCAACCAUCGUGCACUGGUGUCAAAAUGUCUUUGACCGUCCGAUUCCAGCCAACGCUUUUGCCCGUGAAGAUCGACUGACCGCGGCCUCCGCCUGUCUGGGCUCUACCGACAAUGAAGCUAUUCGACACCUGAGGCGAGACGACUUCUAUUCAGCCCUGGAGUUGACAUUCGAUGACGGCCAAUUGCACGCCGCUUUCUAUUUCCGCCCUGGUGAUAGUCGAGCUCGGAUCCUACUUACCACGACAGAUCCACGAGGCAAACAAUCACACUACUGUGCCCUGCUCACCAAUCUCAAAAUCAUCCGCGAGGCUUCUACCCUCCAAUUAUGCCGCGCCAAAGGUAACGGCCGAUACACUCUGUGGGCGAGAUUGAACUUCACCUCCUACGAGCGCAUGGUCCUCUUCUACUGCACCUUCGUCGCCAUGAAACACCAAGACGCCCGCCCCGUCUCCCACCCCGACCUCAUCGAGAACGUCGAGCUACAAGGGCCGCGAUCCAGCCAGGGCGAAGCGCAAGACGAAGUGCAAGAAUUCGGCGGCAUAAUUCAACACGACCGCAUGCAGCACGCCCUGCGCAUGUACAAAGACCGCUCUUCCGGCGUUGUGCGCCUCGAGGCUUCGGCGCACCGAGGACCCAUGCAAGAUGUACCGCUUUGGACGGCGUUCCUGACGAAGUAUGCCACUGAUCCGGACCAUGUGUGUUUGGAGAGGGAUGGGGUUGUGAGUCUUGCUGCGGUGAGGCCGCCGCCGUAUGUCUUUUUGGGGGGCUAUGAACCGCAGAGGAAUGAGAAGAGGGAGUAUAUCUUGGAGUUUACGACUGAUGAAGAUGCAAAGGACUUUGUCGAGAUCUGGAGUAGGGUUUGUCGGGCGAACCGGUGACGAUGAAACGGCUGUGAACGAAUCUGAACAACUUAGCGAGGCGUUU